GCUAAGCUGGGUCGGGAUAAAAACACGGUCAGAGCCCGAGCUCUGGAGCGGCCGGCAGCGGGAGAGAAGUUACCGCUUCUCCUGCUCCGCUUUUCCCCUUAUCACACUGAAUAAAAGACAGGUGAUUCCGGAGUGAUCCGUCACCCACCAUGAAGAUGUCUGAUUGCAAGCUGAGCACAGUGUGUGUUCUCCUGUAAGCUGCCUGUACUUGCCUCUCUGAACCAUGCCUGAAGAUUAGAGCACCUCUCCUUGCCAAAUACCAAUAAAAAUCUACAUGACCCUCCAUGUAGACGUCCCCUCGUCCGUCCCACUGGAGUGAGCCCCCUAGUCUUGAUUCCUUCCCUUCCCGUCGACAUCAUCCUUCGUCAGCCUCUUGAAGACAAACCGGGACAAUGUCCCUGCAUUUGAAAACGGCUCCUACAUAAGACUCUUCAGUCCCAUGCGUCCUGUAAGCGGAGAUUCGUCCGGUGCUGCCCCUCCUGAGAGUGUGUCGUUGCUGGGCUCUCUUUCCCCGUCCGAUAUGUCCCUGCUGCAGUCCCUGGGCCCAGUGCAGAGCUGGCUGGGCCAGGAGCUGGAGAAAUGUGGCAUAGACGCCAUGAUCUACACUCGAUACGUCCUCAGCCUCCUGUUGCACGACAGCUACGACUACGAUCUGCAGGACCAGGAGAACGACAUCUUCCUGGGUUGGGAAAAGGGAGCCGGCAAAAAAUGGGGGAAGAGCAAGAGGAAGGGAGGGACGGACCUGAGUCUGGAGGAGAUGAAGAAGCAGGCCGCUGUGCAAUGCCUACGUUCUGCUUCUGAUGAAAACUCUGGAGUCGAAAGUUUGGUUGAGGAGCUUUGCUCCAAGCUCAAGGACAUUCAGAACAAACAAAAAGAAACGGAAAAGCAAACGAUUAAGAAGUCCGAUGAAUCCCGAUCUCCUGAAUUGGCUGAAUCACCUUCUUCUAAAGACCAGGUGGAAAUGUACUAUGAAGCCUUUCCACCUCUAUCAGAAAAAUCUGUUUGUCUCCAAGAGAUUAUGACCGUGUGGAACAAGGCUAAAGCAAGUGCAAAUUCCAGCUCCUCUUCUGCUGCCCCUCAAACAAGCACGGACACCUCCUCCCCAAAAGAAUGCACCAGUGAGGGUGAAAUCUCCAAGGACAAAGCACCCGAUGCGUUGGUCACUACCAAUGAUAAGGCUCAACACCGACGCAGCAAGAAAGAAAAGGAGAACCGGUACCAUGGGGGUGCUUCUGGGGCUUGCAGCGACCAGGUUGUUUCUCAGAAUAAAAGGCAUGCCAGACAUCGAUCUGAUUUGGGACACCGUCCCCGGUCCUGGUCCUCUGGCUCCAGUGAGGGUGGCUCAAGCUCCAGUGGUAAUCAGGGUGACACGAAGACCUGUAAAGGAGCUCGGAUCAGACACCGGUCUCGCGAGGUUAGCGGCAGAAACAAAAAAGGGCGAAACCAUGGGCAAGUCAAACUGGCCCUAAAGGCUAUUGACAAAGAAGAGCGCAGAAACACAGGUAGCAGUUGCAGUGCCUCUGAAGGCCCUUUGAAGCACCAACAGCACUACACGAGAAAAGGCAAAAAGCCAUUAAGGGAGCUUCGGAAAGAUCCCAGCUGGGUUGACUUGAAAGAGUCCGGAGGUGAAACCAAUAACAAUAGGGAAUAUAUGGAAGAACCCCUUUGGUACACCGAGCCCAUAUCGGAGUAUUUUGUCCCAUUCAGCUGGAGUAAACUGGAGACAAAAUAUCGAAGCAAACCAGAUUCCCCUAAUGACCUAGCGACGUCCAUUGACGUGGACAGUCUGUCGGAGCAGGUCCAAGGGAUUUGCAUUGCCAACACUUCGUUUCAAAGGGCGUACCUUGCAGCAGGUACUUUCGUGGAUGGGCACUUUGUUGAAGUGUCCAGUGAGGGAAACGAGGAGGCCACUGAACUGAAUGGGACCUCAAGCUGCCCUCUUCCUGAGGAUGGUAAAGAUUUAGAUGACGAGCAUCUGUCUGAAUUCACUCACUUCUAUGAAGUUGAUAUAUAUCAAUCCAUAUUGGAUCCCAGUGCCUCAGACGCAGUACAAGAAAGUCGAAUCUUGAACAUGAUUCGGCAAAAGAGCAAUGAGCCAAGAGACAUUGAGGCAGGGUGUUGUGUAGUUUUAGAUGGCUUUGAACUGCAGGGGGAAAGUGCAAUAAAGGCAGAUUCUUUGGGAGCUUCAGGGGACGACGUGAUUCUUACGCAAGACAUGGAAAACAUCGCUCACAUGUGGGAGUGCUGCUCGUCAUCUAGUUCUGAGGAGUUGGAAGGAGAAAGCUGUGCAGGUGACUCUCCAGUUGGGCUCUCCCCACUGUUGGGCAGCGUACCAUUUAACAUGAGCAGGUUGUCAGGCACUUUUGGAGAGCCUCCUGUUCAAGAUAGGAGCACGUCGGCCCUAAACUCCUGUUUCUCGCUCUUUGAGGUGCAGUGCGAUAGCUCUGCCUUCCCCUUUUCCUGCGACUCGCUCGCAUCCAGUCGCGAAAACAUAGAUUCAAGUAGCUGUCUAGAUCCCCAUGCGAACAAACAGUCUCGCUUGCUAAUUUGGACCAAAAAUAGUGCCUUUGAUGAGAACGAACACUGCUCUAACCUGUCGACGAGAACGUGCAGUCCGUGGUCCCACUCAGAGGAGACUCGCUCGGACAUCGAGCAAGUCUCUGGCCAAGCUGAUGAGUCUUCUCAGUUUGGCAGUGAUGAGGUUGGCUGUAUAAUUCCUCCAGUUCCAACUUCAUACCUGGAGGAGGAGUUUUUGGAUUUCUUGCAGGAGAGCCCAAGUCACCAGCAAGAUGAAAUGAGUGCAGGCAUAGUGUCCAAUCAGACCUUCAACAAGGUAUCUAAACUGGAGUCUGUUUGUGGAAUCGCAUUAGAGCAGGACGAGAGCAAACAGUACAACGCUGUUUUGUUUCCAGAAGACACCAACCAACAAGAUGAUGACUACAGCUCAGGAAUAAUAAAAGAUAUUUGGAUGGCUAUUGGAGACCGAGAUUGCGUAUUAGCCCUUGAAGUGGAGAAAGCGGAUGAUGACUUGUUUUCGGAGGAGACGCCCAACUAUCAGUGUGGCUGUCUUGAUGGUGAUGCGAAGGAGCCCAUCGAAAAGAAGGCUGUACAGCGCUCUGAGUACCACUUGUGGGAGAGUCAGAAGGAGGACCAAGGCCUGGCCAAAAAUAAAGUCUCCAAAUUGGACAGAGGGGACUAUGCGACACCGGCCAGACCUUGGGACGUUGAUUCGGAGAGGGACAGUACAUCAUUUAUUCUUGGGGGAGUGUACGGAGAACUAAAGACCCUAAGCGGUGACGAGGAAUGGACUGUGGUUCCACCCGUCGACACCUGUGAGAGUUUGUUGCAGUGUGCAUCAGCUUCCUCAUCCGACGUGGUAACCAUUGCAGGGACGGACGUGUUCAUGAAUACAGGCAGUUGCUUUGCUCCUGGUCAUAAGCCUCUAUGGCGACCUCUGGUGUCCUUUGGACAGAAUGGUCAGGCUACCAAAGGGUCUGGGGAAGGACUGAAUAAGGGGUUUUCUGUUAUCUUCCAUGAAGAUUUACUUGGAUCCUGUGGAGGCUAUUGUGGAGAGCAGCAAGGACUUGAUUAUCACUUUUCAUCCUUUGAUCUCAAUAACCCCUUUUCCCAGGUCCUGCAUGUGGAAUGCUCCUUUGAACCGGAAGACAUGGCCUCGUUCAGCCCAGGAUUCAAGCCAAAAUCCAUAUUGUGCUCAAACUCCGACAACGAGCCAUUCAGUCCAAGGCUUUAUGGCAUCAACCGCACUCAGUAUCGGGCCAUCCGCAUAUCCCCGAGGACUCACUUCAGGCCUAUAUCGGCUUCUGAACUUUCUCCUGGCUGGUGUAGCGUGUCUGAUGGAGAGUCUGAAAAGGAGGAAAUGAGUCUUCCUGUUCCAGGUCAGACCGAGCUCUUUGACGACCCGCAGGCAGACCUCAAACCCCUGGAGGAAGACGCCGAGUGCGAAGGCCCUUACUACGGAAAGUCCGAACUGGAAUCUGGUAAAUUUUUACCCAGAUUAAAGAAGUCGGGCAUGGAGAAGAGUGCCCAGACCUCACUCGAUUCCCAGGAAGGUGGGGGUACGACUCUGACAACUGUCGAGCAGGAGAUUUGCUUGGACUGCGAAAACGCAGGAAAGUCCGCAGCAGCCGUGUCUGCUGUGAGCUCUCGCGUGGAGGUGCCUGUGGAUACGCUUCAGAAAGAGGAGUCCUGCGUAGACAAGGAGGCUUGUAGUUGUGUCGGAGCAAGCCAGCUUCUGGAAUUUGGGAAAUCGUAUGACGUGGUUCAAGAUUUGCAGGAGUGUUCCCUGUUGAGCUUCGGGGAGCGGAGUGUGACGAGUAGCCAGCGUGAGGAUUGCUGGUGGCAGAAUACGCUUUGUUCCCCCAUGUUUUCAGGAUCUCGAUGCACAGAAAGCAGUAACAUAUGAGUUUGCUUCUGAGCGCUGAGGCACGGUAAAGCAGAACCGAGGUGAAACGCUUCAGAACCUCAGCUCUUUUCUCCUUCAGGACGAGGAGCUGCUUCAUCAGAACAGGACAUCAAAACCUCUAUUAAUCUUUACGUUUAUGAUCCCUGUCCACCUGCCCCUCCUCUCACCCCACCUUCUGUAGUCAAUACAAUACCAUCUAUUAGAAACGUAACCGAAGGGAGGCUGUGUGGGUGUGUGUAUGUGUGCGUGUGUGCGCAUUCGUUAUGGAUUUGUUUGAAGUGUGUAUUAAUCAGCUUUGACAAAGGCACGUAGGUGAUGAUCCUUAGAUGAGUCAGGUGAUCUUUACUUGAACUAUCUGAUUUAUUUUUUUGUGCGCGCUCUAGCUCACACUCUAGAGUCGUACUGUCUGAUUGGUGUGUGUGUGUGUGUGGGGGGGGGGGGUCACACUAGUGUCACUCCUUUACUAAGCUAACCUAACCAUAACAGUAAUGACAAAAGUCCGAAAGCCCUGUAAUUGUAGCCUGUCACUUUCUCACACCAGCAGUUUUGUCGUUUAUUUUUUAUUUAUGAUUGUGUUUUACCGUUUUGAAGGUGUGACAUUUACUGAAGAUUCUUCCUUAUUCACAAAUACGGAAAAUAUGCGAGAAAACAAAUCCUUUUCUUUUUUUUUUUUGGUCCUCAAGCGUAGCGCUAAUGGUUUGGUUUGCGCUGUUGAAAACAACGAUCUUCCCUAAAUAACCGUAAUAUCCUUUUGUGUAAUGAAUCAAAAAAAAAAGGGGGAAGCUGAGAGAGAGUGAAAAAAGGUUUGAGUUCUGCAUUUCCACAUUAUUACAGUUUACAGCUUUUGCAUUUAAAAAAAAUUAUUAUUUAAUAAAACUAAAUAUAAACGCAAAUAUAAGCUAUAGGUGCGACCUGAUGUUUGGUUUGUUUUUUUUCUUUUUCUUUUGUUUUUGAUGGAUGAUCUGUAGCGCAAAAAAACAAAACCGGUGCGAUCGACGCUUUAAAAACAUUCGUGUGCCCUUCAGAUAUUUUGUUGCACAUCAAAUGCGUUCCCCAAAAAAUGAGCAGUGCCGAGGGUUUCCUGCUUUACGUGCGCGUUUUAUUUUAAGAUUAGAAUUUAGCAGCAGAAUGUAAUGGGUUUUAUUUGCUUAGAAAGAUAUGACUUUUGUUUUUUUUGUUUUUUUUCUUCUUCUUUUCUCAAUUUUUUUUUCUUCAUUUAAAAAAAAAAAAAAAAAAAAAAAACGUUUCGGUGUAGACUUGUGUGUUUUGGUGUGGGUUGCUGCGUUUUCGUUUGAAAGAAAGCCGGUAGCAUGGCGACCUGGUUAAAGAAACAGUUUGGCGUUUCAAAUAAUAAAAAGUAAUAAAAAAGGUAAGCGUUCCUGUGUUCGCGAACGUAGCCGAUCAGUUUGGAGUGUGGACUUUAAAUAAAAAAAAAAAAAAUUUUUAUUAAAGUGUUCUUUUGUACAAAAGUUACGAGGCUGCAUAAGACUUGAAUAAAACAAGCGUAAUUGUUUCUUCUCUAAGAAAUAAGUAAAGAAUUACAUUUUAGUCGGUUAUUUAUUUAGUUUUAAAUAAAUAAAUAAAUAAAAUGUAAGGGGGGUUGCUAGCUGCCUUAGCCUCGUAAUUCUAGUGCGAAAGUUCUGGACGUGUCUCUGCAGUUCGGCUAUGUUUGCUGAGCAGGAACCGUUUUGGUGAAUAAUAAUAACAUCGACAAACUCUGCUUUUUGUGACUUUCUCCUAAAGGAAGGUCUCAAAUCUGAGGUCCUGUUCGAGCAGGUGAAGAUGUCUGAUGUUCACUUUGUAAGAACGUUUCUGUUCCUCAUUUUGUUCAAAUUUUUUUCCUUCCUCUUGUUUACCAGUGUGCUCCUGUAGAACGUUCUAGUAAAUAAGUGACGAGCAUUAAUGCAUACAGAGUGAAGACCAACAGAGAUUUAUGGCUGUGUAUGAUCAAGUAUGAAUUUGGGGAACUCGCGUAGCUUGAUUGAAAUGUAGAGAGGUUUUUAAACCUUUAGAAACUUGCACUACACACACACGACUUGUUCUACAGCUUUGGUCUUCACUUCUCAUCAUUAAUGUCUCAUAUCUGCCCUCUGAGCCAGCUAAACCUAUUAUUAUUAUUAUUAUUAUUAUUAUUAUUAUUAUUAUUAUAAAUAUUAGUUGUUAGAAAAUGAUUUUUUUAAAUGUCCUUUUUUGUAUUGUUUAAGAAGGAUGUUCCAGAUGUGAGCAGAGAGUUGGGGAUUUCACAUUUAUGCAGCGAUUGAUGUGUAAAACAGAAAGCGGGAGGAAUUAUUAAAGGAGUGAUUUGUUCCGUAUCGAGCUGAUGCCGGUCUGACACAGAGCCCUGAUCAGACUGGUAUUUUCACAUCCACCGUCUGACUUUAUUUAAAUAAAUAAAAAAUUAUUAUUAUUAUUUUUUUUUUUUAAAAACAACGUGAUGUUGACUUGCACAAUAGUGCUGCAUGUGAACGUCACGCCCGUGGUGGUGCUGGUGAUUUGCGUAACAAACCUCAACCAUUUCCUCUGAGGAUGAACUCGUUGUUUUAUAAAUCUUCCUGCGGCAGUGUGAUAGCUGUCCGAAACCUCAGGCAGUGUGCUUUAGGGCCAUGCGUGUGCUGUGGCGUGUUGUGACGGUCAGCGUGUUCCUCCUCACGUCUUGGUGUGGGGUUUAUUUGGUGCGAGUUGCCAUGUAGCCUGUAGCACGAUGACCAAAACCGAGAAUAAAAUCGCUGUGUUUCUCUUUAACUCGGUGUCGAACAUAAAGUCGAUCAGCUAGCGGUUGUGACCUUUUUUUUUUUUUUUUUUUUUUUUUUUUUAAAUAAAACUUACAAGGUGAAUUAAUAUUUCUAUAUUUACUUCAUAAAUCAAAAAAAAAAUUUCUUCUUUUGUAAUAAAUAAAUUGCAGACCAGCUACAGUUUAGACGUGUUUUUAUAUAGAAUAUCAUUUUGCGUUUCCAGUGGAAAACAAAAUUUUUUUUUUUUUUUUUUUUUUUUUUUUUUUUAAUUAUUUUAAUUAAUGGUUCUGUUAAAAAUGUUUAGUCUGAUACUGAGCCAGAAUUUCAGCCCGAUUACUCUGGAUUGGAUUGGUGCAGCUUCAGUUUCUUGGCGUGUUUUUAGUAAACACAUUGGGCCAAACGGCUCUGUUCAAUUCAAAACAGCUGUUCAUUGUUCAAAGUGAAGAACUGUAUCUAGAAAUGUAUCUAAUUUUGUCAUUGAAGCGUUGAAUGUGAGCUCUUUGGCUGCUCUGAUUUCUGGAACAUCCUGUAACCUGCAUUUUUGCUGUUUUAGUUUCUGAUUGCGCCUCCUGGUGGCUGCAAUAGUGUAAUGCACACAGUGGAUGAAGCACACAUUGCUUUUCCUUUUAUUUUGUUUGUUUUUGGGAGUUGGAAAAAAAUGAGAAAUGAGUACAGUAUAUGGAAACCAAUUAUUCAACCCAUAUUUAACACUUGAUUUAGUAAAACGGAUUUAAUUCCGCAGACAUGAUGCUGAUAUAUUUUUCUAAUACACUUCCAGAGGUGGUACACUUUUUUUUUUUUUUUUUUUUUUAAUUGAAAACACGGAGAUAAAAUUAAACAAGCAGCAUUAUUAUUAAUUUAUGAUUAGUUAUUUCAGCCUAGACAACACCCGACAUCUGCGAAAAAGACAAACGAGGUCGGUGGGGAAAGAGGAAUUGAAACGAAUAAAAGAUGCAUGAGGUCGUCGAGGCUAAUGAUAAUAUUCUAGUAAUCGGACAUCACGGUCCCUAAUUUGCUUUGCUUUAAACUGCGAAACAAGUUUUAAAAACUUUAAAAACAAAAAAAAAAAGAAGUGUGCAACUAAGUUUUAUUUUCUUUUUUGCUUUUAACUAUUGCGUGAGUGAGUAUAUGUGGGUCCUCAAAAUAAUAAUAAAAUAAAUUUUAAAAAGACAAAAAAGUAUGAGAAAUUGUUAGCAUAUGAUAUGUUUAUGAGAGACCACCGUGUAACAAAGUUCAUGUUUGUGUGUGCGAGGUCGGAGUAGUGUGUGUGUGCGUUACUCAUACUAGACUUUGUCCUGCAGUUCUGUUCCAUGAUUUGUUUGUGUUGGGAGGGACACGCUUCCCGAAUGCGAGUCAGGAUCGCACUUUGAAGCAUUGAGGGGUUGUUUUUUUUUUCUCCUCUUUCUUUAUUUGGUUCUUUUUUUUUUCUGUCCCUCUGUUCCUGUUUGUAUCUCAUCUAUGCAGCCCGGUGGGGUUUCAUGCCUCCGUCACCAUCUCCGACCCGUGUUCAUCACUUAAACACCUCAGUGCCACCAAAAACCCAAAACAUGGUCACAUUUGUUCUAAUUCCAUAUAAAAAUCCAGCGGAGAUUUGUUUCAUUGUUGAGUUUCUGAAUCUAAUAAAGGAUUGAGUACA